CCACCUCCACCGGCGCCAGCAGCAUCACCCCCUCCACCCACCCACUAAAGCGAUAUCGCGCGGCGCACAGCUGCCACUGUCGUUCCCCUCGUCGCUCUUCCCACCCCGCCCCACCGGGACCGGCGGCAGCGGGUGCCAAACCGCCCCCCGGGAGCCUCGCCGAGGACGCAGCCAUGCCGAGCGAUGACACUCAGCAGCCGGACUGCCGCCUCGCGUCGACCGUCUCCAGCGCUUCACAGAGGAGGAGGAGGAUGCCAUGAGAUUUCCCACGGGCGCACCUGUGAGUGAACCGGGGGGAAAGAAGAGAUAACCGACAGCGGAUAAUGACGUGAUGGUUCCGGUUGUAGAUCGAGCACAGAGGGGCUCCUGGCGUCUUUAAUGACCAGCGUAACAGAGGAAAUCACCGGACUUUAUUGUGUGUGUGGAGACAAGGUACCGGAUCGACUUCAGUUGUAAAGAAAAAGAAAAGAAAAGACUCUCUAACAGGUUGCCGAGACAUUCUUCUGUCGGAAAGGGGGCUUUGCAGCACAGCUGAGGAUGCUAUCACCCAGAUGGUGAUUUCUGCAGGUAAAGGAAGCCUAUUUCUCUUUUCUGCGGGAGUUCCAGCGAGAAGCGUUUUUGAGAUUAGCACUCCACAGGCCUGUCAUGGUUUCCUAGCUUCUCACAUUCUUCCAUCUCCGUGUCUCCUGCCGUCUUCUGAUGCAUUAUAGAAACCUCUGCUGGACGGUUUGAUGGAGAGCUGGUCGAAUGUCAGCGGGAACUAUUGUUAUAACCGGAGGAAUUCUCGCCGGAGUGAUACUGCUGUGCAUCGUAGCAGUCCUCUGUUACUGUAGACUCCAGUAUUACUGCUGUAAGAAAAAUGACUCUGAGGUGGACGUGGGCUCGGUGGUGGGAGCGGACCCCCUCUCCCACUUUCCCUGCAACGCCUGCAACGCCCUCGCCAUGGACGGCGCCGCCAUCACGCCCGUCUCCCUGGACCAGCUGGACUCGGGGACCCACCACAACCACUGCCCCACCUGCUCGCCGUACCCCACGCGCACCGCGCUCGCAGACGACGUCAUGCGCAACGGCGGCGAGCGCCUGGGCUUCCACACCUACUACGAGAACCCGUCCGCGUCCCUCCCCCUGUCUGCCAACCCGCAGGGCUCCUCGCCUCUGAGCUACUACAACCCCACGGACAUGUUUCCUCCCCCGCCUCCUCGCCCCUACAGCACCCAGGUCUGACCUUUGCUGCGCCGUAAAGACAGACCCACACACAUUUAAACAUGCUUUUUACACACACACACAUAACAUUUACACAUCCAGCACAUGCCCUUUUGUUUGGGACUAAAUUCAGGUGACGGAUUAGGAUACAGCACAAUUACACGUUAGCUCACUUCAGUGGCAAUCAUUUCGGUGGGGAGUGGGGGGGGGGGGUGACUCAUAAACUGAGCCCACUGUCGGAGCUCAUGUGUGCGCCGCAAAUCCACCUGGGAGCUGCAACAUGAACAAAAUUAGAUUAGCGGGGAAAUGAUACGUAACUCCGCUACAGCCUCAGUUUGAGCCACACAGGACCCAAUCGCACAUGCUCAUUCAAGCUAGUUACGGCGCAUGUAAGAUAGACCAGACACACAGGUAAAAUCAUCAUCAUUUAUUUCAAAGAACUGAUGUGCACCACGAUCCCAUGAUAUGAAAUGAAAACAGUUUCCCAGAUUUUUUUUUCUGUUUUUCUCUUCGAAUAAUUUUCAUGUAAGUUCCUGGUAAUUUCUGUGGCUUUUUUUUUUUUUUUUUUUUUGUAAUGUAGGAGUAAAUGGAAUGUCCCUAAUUGAACUACAUCCCCAUAAGAAGCCACAAAUGACAAAGAGCAUUUUGGGAAGCAAAAAAAAAAAAAAAAUAGGAAAUGAAUUGUAAAUUACGGACAAUUUUCUGACCUUGCUCCACUUCCCUUUGAGAGUCACUACGCAGCAAAUCCACAUGACCUCGGUUCCAUUAAAUGAGCCACCCAAGGCACUAAAAAGAUUACACAAUGCCGCAGCUUAAAAAAUACAAUCUAAUAUGAAA